AUGGCAGAAGAAGCUAACAAUUGCAGCAAUCACUUGCAAGAUCUUCCCAAAGUGCUGGUUCUGGGUCCCCCAUUGUCCUUCCAAUUCCUUCAACCUCUCUACUCUCACAAGUUCAAUUUUCUCAAACCUCACCUCUCAGAUUUCUCCCUGCAACACUUUAUUAACCACCACCAUCCUCCAUCCAUCCUCGCUAUUCUCUGCGGUACCAAAUUCUCCGUCACCGCCGAUGUCCUCCGCUUACUCCCGUCGCUUCGCCUUGUCCUCACUGCCAGCGCCGGAACAGAUCACAUCGACCUCAGCGAUUGCCGGCGUUGCGGGAUCCAGGUAACUGGCGUCGGAGCUCUGUUCUCGGAAGAUGUGGCGGACAUGGCUGUGGCUCUGCUCGUUGACGGAAUGAGGAAAAUCUCGGAGGCGGAUCGAUGGUUAAGGAAGAAUAAUCGCGACAAUACGCCUUGGGAUUUAUUCCCAUUGGGCUCCAAGUUAUCAGGGAAGCGCGUUGGGAUUGUUGGAUUGGGAAGCAUUGGCAUGGAAGUGGUCAAGAGACUCGAGUCUUUUGGUUGCAUUAUAUCAUACAACUCUAAGCAUAAGAAAGCUACAGUUUCAUAUCCUUUCUAUGACAGUGUUGUUGAACUUGCAACUAAUUGCGAUGUUCUUGUGCUGUGUUGUGCACUAAAUGAGCAAACAAAGCACAUAAUUAACAGGGAAGUAAUUUUGGCAUUAGGAAAAGGAGGAUUUAUCGUCAAUGUUGGAAGAGGGGGUUUAAUUGAUGAAACGGAAUUGGUGAAGUGUUUGAUGGAAGGGGAAAUUGGAGGUGCUGGUUUUGAUGUGUUUGAGAACGAGCCUCAUGUUCCCAAGGAGCUCUUUAAAAUGGAUAAUGUGGUUUUGUCUCCACAUUCUGCUGCAAUUACUGUGGAAUCUUUCAUGGAUGUUUGUGAACUUAUUGGAGGGAAUUUAGAAGCCUUCUUCUCGAAUAAGCCCCUACUUACUUCAGUUAUGUUGCCUAAAUAA